AUGCCCGGGCCGCGAGCCCCGGGGGAGCCCCGCGGGCCGGGGGAGCGCCGGCCGCUGCUGGCGCGCAGGCCGCGGGGCCCCCGGCGGUGGCGGCGGGCGGCGGCGGCCGCCGUGCUGCUGGUGCAGGCGCUGGAGCGCGCAGCCUUCUUCGGCGUCGCGGGCAACCUCGUGCUCUACCUCAACAGCGCGAACUUCCAGUGGGCCGGCGAGCAGGCGUCGCGCGCCGCGCUCGUCUUCCUGGGCGCCUCCUACCUGCUGGCGCCCGUGGGCGGCUGGCUGGCCGACGUGUACCUGGGCCGCUUCCGAGCCAUCGCCCUCAGCCUGCUGCUCUACCUGGUGGCCUCCAGCCUGCUGCCCGCCACCGCCGUCCCCGAUGGCCGCCGCUCCUUCUGCGGCGAGCUGCCCGAGUCGCCGCUGUCACCCAUCUGCCCGUCGCCCAGCUGCCCGCGCCCCUGGCGCCCCCCCUACUGCGCGCCCACCCUCUACGUCGGCCUGCUGCUGCUCGCCCUGGCCGCCAGCUCCGUCAGGAGCAAUCUCACCUCCUUCGGGGCCGACCAGGUGAUGGACCUUGGUCACCACGCCAACCGCCGCUUCUUCAACUGGUUUUACUGGAGCAUCAAUGUGGGUGCUGUGCUGUCGCUGCUGCUGGUGGCUUUCAUCCAACAGAACAUCAGCUUCCUGGUGGGCUACAGCAUCCCCGUGGGCUGUGUGGGCCUGGCCUUCUUCGUCUUCCUCUUCGCGACCCCUGUCUUCAUCACCAAGCCCCCCACGGGGAGCCAAGUGUCCUCCAUGCUUAAACUUGCUUUCCAAAACUGCUGCCCUCAGCUGUGGUGCCGACGCUCUGCCAGAGACCCUGAAGAUGCCCAGCUGCUGCCUGACCAGCAGUCUCCCUGGACUGGCCCCUCCCCCCAGGAGGACAUCGCCAACUUCUGGGUGCUGGCGAAGAUCUUGCCCGUCAUGGUGACCCUGGUGCCCUACUGGAUGGUGUACUUCCAGAUGCAAUCCACGUAUGUUCUACAAGGGCUUCAUCUCCACAUCCCGAACGUUUUCCCAGACUAUCCUGGCAACAGCUCCGUGGCCCUGGGAGCCCAGAACGGUGGCUAUAAGAUCCCCGCGGCCUGGCUCCUCCUGGCCAACGUCGUGGUGGUGCUGAUCCUGGUGCCGGUGAAGGACCAUUUGCUCGACCCUUUGCUGCUGAGGUGCAAACUGCUUCCCUCGGCUCUGCAGAAGAUGGCCCUGGGGAUGUUCUUUGGUUUUGCCUCCGUCAUUGUGGCAGGAUUCCUGGAGAUGAAGCGUUUAGAAUACAUCCAUCACAACCAGACGGUAUCCCAGCAGAUCGGGGAGGACAUGUACUAUGCAGCACCACUGUCCAUCUGGUGGCAGAUCCCCCAGUACCUGCUCAUCGGGAUCAGUGAGAUUUUUGCCAGCAUCCCAGGCCUGGAGUUCGCCUACUCGGAGGCCCCGCGCUCCAUGCAGGGCGCCAUCAUGGGCAUCUUCUUCUUCCUGUCGGGAGUGGGCUCGCUGUUGGGCUCCAGCCUGGAGGCUCUACUGUCACUGCCAGGGGGCUGGUUAUACUGCCCCAAAGACUACGGGAACAUCAACAACUGCCAGAUGGACCGGUACUUCUUCCUGCUGGCCGGCAUCCAGGCUGCCACGGCCCUCCUGUUCAUGUGGAUCGCCGGUCGCUAUGAGAGGGCAGCUCAUGGCCCAGCCUCCCAAAGCUGUGCCAGCAGGGAUAGGGGCUGACAUGCCCCCUGGACUUCACCCCCUUGCUUCUUUCCAUGGGAAGAAAGACAACAGCAGUCCCAGCUGGGGUUUCCUUCUCCAUUUAUUUUGUACCCAACAAUAGGAUGAAAUGGUUCCCAUAAAUAA